AUGUCUCUUAGUAUUAUUUGGUCUGGAGCUUUAUGUCUUGCUAUUGCUUGGCUUAUUUAUGUUUGGAUUAUUGGUUUAACAAGUACAAGUUUAUUUAUUCUUGGUGCAGUAACUGGUUUGAUAUUUGCACCAAUAUUUCCAUUAUCAUUUGCUUUUUUCAAUCAAAGAUUAAAUGUUAUACCAAUGCUUCUUGGUUUAUUAUUAUGUGGAGCAGCACUUGGAGGAAUCAUAUUUAAUAAAAUAGCUGGUUUAAUAAUGGAUCAUAAUCCAAAUCAUUUUCCAACAAUUUUAGCUGUUUGUAUAUCUAUAACAAUUAUUGUUUAUAUUGUUUCACAUCUUGUUUACUUUUUGCAUCAACAAAAUAACUUAUUAAAUGAUCAACCUUCAGUAACUAAUGGUUCACCUGUUUCUCCUCAAACUUUUAAUGAAGAAGAACAACAAAUAACUAAUUAUUUAAGAGAUCAACAAGAUAAAUAA